AAUAUAAGCAAGAUGCAUUAUUAUAAAGGUGAUUGCUUACCAGUUGCUAAUCACAUUUCAUAAUUUUCUCCUUCCCAUUCUCUGUUUUCUUUUCCUUUUUUUCACAAAUUAUUUUCUAAUGCAAAUUCAAAUGGAAAAUGGAAUAGGGAAAAAUGGACAUGUAUAAGAAAUCUUCUAUAAAUACCACCUUCUCCUUCGUUUCAUUUCCAGACUUUACCUACACAUUUUACAAGGCACAGGAUUUCUGGGAUUUUUCUUGAGCAUCAUAUUCCUCUUUAAUCUCAAGGCAAAUUGGAAGAAAGAUAAAGAUGGCAAGAACAAGAAUUACCAUCUUUUUUAUGGGACUAGUGCUUUGGUGUUGCUUGACAAAAGCGGAAUACAUGAAAUAUAAAGAUCCGAAACAGGCGGUACAUGUUCGAACCCGGGACCUGUUGGAUCGAAUGACAUUGGAGGAAAAGAUCGGACAAAUGGUCCAGAUCGAACGCAGCGUUGCUUCGGCCGACGUGAUGAACAAGUAUUUCAUUGGGAGUGUAUUGAGUGGAGGAGGGAGUGCCCCUUCUCCACAAGCUUCUCCAGAGGCUUGGAUAAACAUGAUCAAUGACUUUCAGAAGGGUAGUUUAGCAACCCGAAUGCAGAUCCCCAUGAUUUACGGGAUUGAUGCUGUUCAUGGCAACAACAAUGUUUACAAGGCAACAAUUUUUCCUCACAACAUUGGUCUAGGUGCUACCAGGGACCCUAAACUGGUUAAGAAAAUUGGGGCUGCAACAGCACUUGAAUCUAGAGCAACUGGCAUUCCAUAUGUUUUCGCACCUUGUAUAGCGGUUUGCCGAGAUCCGAGAUGGGGCCGAUGUUACGAAAGUUACAGCGAAGAUCCCCAUCUUGUUGACGCAAUGACAGAGAUUGUACCAGGAUUACAAGGAGACAUACCUGCUAAAUCUUCUAAAGGCAUUCCAUUUGUUGCUGGAAAUAAAAAUGUUGCAGCUUGUGCUAAGCACUACGUAGGAGAUGGUGGAACAACCAAGGGCAUAAAUGAGAACAACACAGUGAUCAACUGGCACGAUUUGCUUAGCAUUCAUAUGCCAGGCUACUACUCUUCGAUUAUCAAAGGUGUUUCAACGGUCAUGGUUUCGUAUUCUAGUUGGAACGGCGUUAAAAUGCAUGCUAAUCGUGAUUUAGUCACUGGUUUCCUCAAGAACAAACUUCGAUUCAGAGGCUUCGUCAUCUCAGAUUGGGAAGGCAUUGACCGGAUCACUUAUCCACCUCAUGCUAACUAUACCUACUCGAUUCAAGCAGCAAUCGGAUCUGGCAUUGACAUGGUCAUGGUUCCAUACAACUAUUCCUCGUUCAUCCACGGGCUAACUUUCCUUGUCAAAAGCAAUUUCAUCCCCAUGAGCCGCAUUGAUGAUGCAGUGAAGAGAAUUUUGAGAGUUAAAUUUGCAAUGGGUCUAUUUGAGAACCCAUUAGCAGAUAACAGCUUAGUUGACCAACUUGGCAGUCAGGAACAUAGAGAGUUGGCUAGAGAAGCAGUGAGAAAAUCACUUGUUUUGCUAAAGAAUGGGCACUCUGCCGAUCAGCCAUUGCUUCCCUUACCUAAGAAGACAUCAAAAAUACUUGUUGCUGGUAGUCAUGCAGACAAUUUGGGUUAUCAAUGUGGUGGAUGGACUAUUGAGUGGCAAGGGUUCAGUGGCAACGACCUUACAAAUGGUACAACAGUCCUAAAAGCUAUCAAAAACACAGUUGAUUCAAGCACGAAUGUUGUGUAUGAGGAGAAUCCGGAUCCCAAAUUCGUCAAGUCCAACAACUUCUCCUGUGCCAUUGUGGUAGUAGGGGAGCAUCCAUAUGUCGAAACAAAAGGUGACAGCAUGAAUCUAACGAUUCCAGAACCUGGUCCAACCACAAUCAGAAAUGUAUGUGGAGCUUUGAAAUGUGUUGUCAUCUUAAUGUCGGGUCGCCCCGUUGUGAUAGAACCUGAUAUUGACUCCAUGGAUGCUCUGGUUGCGGCAUGGUUGCCAGGAAGCGAGGGUCAUGGUGUGGCUGAUGUUCUAUUUGGUGACUAUGGUUUUUCAGGCAAGCUUCCUCGUACUUGGUUUAAAACAGUUGAUCAACUGCCGAUGAAUGUUGGGGAUCCACAUUAUGAUCCACUCUUCCCCUUUGGAUUCGGCCUCACUACUGAACCAACUAAAGCUUACUAAGCUAUGUCAUGUUGGGGAUCCAAAACUUUUUUUUGUUUAUAAAAGAAUGAAAGAAAGAGAUGUGAUUGUUAUAAAGAAGACACAA